AUUAUACUAUAAAUUAUGUUUUAAGCAAUUAAUUGAAAUUUAAUUCAAAUAACAUUUAUUCUGCAUAUUAUAUAAUAAUUGAUUUGAAAAGUGAUUGUAUUUAAUAACAAAAGUUUGUUAGAAUUAAUAUAACAGUAAAUAUCAUUAACUAAUAAUUUAUUUGAAUAAAUGGCAUCAAAAAUGAUAACUUUGGUCACAGGAAAUGAAAACAAAUUACAAGAAAUAGUAAAAAUAAUGGGAAAUUCACUACCAUUUAAGUUAGUUUCACAAGACUUGGAUUUACCGGAAUAUCAGGGAGAGGAACGGUAUAUCAUUGAAAGCAAAUGCAAAGCAGCUUUAGAUACAAUCAAUGGUCCGGUCAUUGUUGAAGACACCUCUCUUUGUUUCAAUGCAAUGGGAGGACUUCCCGGUCCUUAUAUUAAAUGGUUUCUCAAAGAGUUGGGACCCAAUGGGUUGUAUCGUAUGUUAAGCGGUUGGACCGACAAGAGUGCUAAAGCUGUUUGUUCUGUGGCUUAUAGUGACGGUCGAGAUAUUCAUGUAUUUAGAGGUGUAGUCGACGGAAACAUAGUAGACCCGAGAGGACCAACCGAUUUUGGUUGGGAUCCAUGUUUUCAACCAUUAGGUUAUACCCAAACUUACGCACAGAUGGAUAAAACUCUUAAAAAUCAAAUUUCUCACCGAUUUUUAGCAUUUAAUUAUUUAAAACAAUAUUUGUUGAAUCAAUACGCUUCCGAUAAUUAGAUUCAUUAAUUAGUAAAAUAUGGGAUUAAUUAUAAACACUAUAUUAUAUACCGUAUAAAAGUUGUGGUAAUUGUAUUAUAGGAUUCACUGACAAAUUUCUAAAUAAAAC